UUUACCCAAAGUGCUACCGGUGGCUCUUCGGUUGCAGCGGUUCUGUUGCUCCACCAGGAAUCAACGUCUGGGACCGACCGCCAGCGCCUCACCCUCUCUCUCUCCCCGCCAGGACACCGUCAACCGCUCCGACCCACAGCAUCAUGGCAGAUCGAGAGCACUUAGUCUACCAGGCCAAACUCGCCGAACAAGCAGAGAGAUAUGACGAAAUGGUGGAGUCCAUGAAGAGAGUGGCAGGCAUGGACGUGGAGUUGACGGUGGAGGAGCGGAACCUGCUGUCAGUAGCAUACAAGAACGUGAUUGGAGCCAGAAGAGCUUCAUGGAGGAUAAUCAGCAGCCUGGAACAGAAGGAAGAGAGCAAGGGUGGCGAGGACAAACUAAAGAUGAUCCGGGAAUAUAGGCAACUGGUUGAGACGGAAUUGAAAUCAAUCUGCAAUGACAUUCUGGAUGUACUGGACAAGCACCUCAUUCCAGCCGCAAACACGGGAGAGUCGAAGGUUUUCUACUACAAAAUGAAGGGAGACUACCACAGGUACCUGGCAGAAUUUGCCACAGGAAAUGACAGGAAGGAGGCAGCGGAGAACAGUUUGGUGGCCUACAAAGCUGCCAGUGACAUUGCCAUGAUCGAGCUUAAGCCGACGCACCCCAUCCGUUUGGGACUGGCACUUAAUUUCUCCGUAUUCUAUUAUGAAAUUCUUAAUUCACCAGACCGUGCGUGCAGGUUGGCAAAGGCGGCAUUCGAUGAUGCCAUCGCAGAACUGGACACACUGAGCGAGGAGAGCUACAAAGACUCCACACUAAUCAUGCAGUUGCUUCGUGACAACCUGACACUAUGGACCUCAGACAUGCAUGGAGAUGGUGAAGAACAGAGCAAAGAAGCACUGCAAGAUGUUGAGGAUGAGACCCAGUGAGACUUCUCAGCCAAUUCAAGCCCCCAUAUCCUCUUCUUUCUCUUCCUUGUCCUCCCUCAUCUCCCUCUCAACAAUGUGUGUGCCCUGCUAGAGCCAUGUCCCAAUGAGAGUUGUCAACUAGGUUUUCUACUCCAGCGCCCUCUCCCUCUGUACCUAGUCUUCAUCCCCCCCCCCUUCUACUGCUACCUGUCUCUGUCUUUCUCCUUCUGUAUGUUAGCACGAAGCCCCCCUCAGGUUUUCUAGGAUUUUGCUUUUUCUUAUUGGUUUUUCUCCCCUGAUACCCUGCUCUUAAAAGGGGGGGGGGGGUGGAGCUCUUACCGAGUUCCUUUUUAAGUUCCUGUUGCAAGCCUCUACCUGCUGAGUUUGUCAUCUUUUUUUAUAAUUUUGCUUUACUUUGCUGCAUCAUCUUUUGCCAAGUAUGCUUGCCUGUAACAUGCAACAGAAGAGCUGAUUUAAAGGAAAGACUUUGCUGUUAAAGUGUGUGUGUGUGUGUGUGUGUGUGUGUGUGUGUGUGUGCGCGCAUGUGUAUGUGUGUGUGUGCGUGUGUGUGCGUGCGUGCGUGCGUGGAACUAUAGAUUCUCCUGCUUGGUCUAUUCUAAACUUUUAGUUGCAAAUUGAGGGAACAGUGGCGAUGUGAGGUUUAAAAGGGAUAUGUUAAGCUCUUAGGAAGAAUUAAGUGCCCUCUUUAUUUUCCGGUCUGCCAUUCUAAUCUUCCAUUAUGUCCGUAGGUCUCUGUUUAAAAAGCAAAAAAAAACCAAAAAAAACAAAACAACAGAA